UUCAGCAUCUGAUCAAAGAGUGGUAAGAAGAAAUGUUCUGCCUGAAGGAUUUCAGUGUUUUCCUCCCAUGCCUGCUCCUCUUCAUAAUCCAGCCAGGUCGUGGUUCUGAGAUCAUUGAUGGGAAAGAAGUCUGGCCACACUCGCUGCCUUUCAUGGCUUAUGUGGAAAGUGAAGAAUAUUCCUGUGGAGGGACUUUAAUCCAUCCACAGUGGGUCCUGACGGCCGCCCACUGCACUGAUAUAAUUAAGGUGACUGUGGGAGCGCACUCCAUCAAGGAAAAGGAAAAAUGUUCUAAGCAGGUCCGAAGGGUUGAGAAACGUUUCCCUCAUCCCUACUAUCAUGAUGCAUCCCAGGGCAACGACCUCAUGUUGCUCAAGCUUAAGAAACCAGUGAAGAGAACCAAGACUGUAAAAUGGCUCAAGCUUGGCCAAACUGUCAAAGACCCUGUAGCUGGCACCAAGUGUCUGGUGGCUGGAUGGGGAAAGACUGAAAAUUCACACUCGUCAGAUGUCCUCAAGUCCGUCAGUGUGACUGUGGUCGACAGAGAGAAGUGCAACUCACGUGGUUACUACAACCACAGACCUGUUAUCACCAGUGACAUGGUCUGUGCUGGUUCAAAUGGUUUAAACAAUGCGGAUACCUGUCAGGGGGAUUCAGGAGGGCCGCUGUUGUGCAAAGGACAGCUUGUUGGAGUCACUUCUUUUGGACAGGGUUGUGGUAUGAUUAAAAAACCUGGAGUCUAUUCAUUUAUCACAGAGGAGCAACUCAAGUGGAUCAAAAAAACAAUGAGGUCAUCUGAAUGAAUCCACAAAGGUCAAUCCAUAUGAGCUGAGUACUGUAGACCACUUACUUGGCCAUUGUCCAUUUUAUCAUUCAUUUUUUUCUCUUAUAUUUUAUGAUAUAGUUUCUGUUAGCUUGCUUUAAUUUUUACAGAUUCUGCACAUAUAUGAUAGCAGCCCGUUCAUGGUUAGCCCUUUUCUAUUCAAGGCAGAUAAAGGUGGCACAAAC